GAAAAAAACUGUCCCUGCCUCUGUACUCGAGUGGGCGCAGUGAAUACCCUCUCUCGGUCCCUCCAACCGCGCUCGUCUUAUCCUCAACUCGUCACCCACUUCCCGCCAUCUGCCGUCCCUGCACUGCGCUUAUACCCUGCAGGCAACAGCAGCGAUGGCGGCGAGGGUACCGGCGGCCGAUCUCAACCAGCACCUCUCCUCGCCGUUCAUCGCACGGCGCUGCCACGGCCCAGGUGAAGCCGCCCUCGAGGCGCCUCUCAGCGUACGCAUCAAAUCCAGAACGCCGCGGCGACGCGCGGAAUCCACGACCACGAGGAUCCUCUGCAGGGGCGCAGAGGCGCAGCCGGGCUCUGGAGGAGGGAGGAGGAGGGAGCCGCUGCGGCGCGGGGCCGUCAGCGCGCGCCUCCCGGUGCCGGACCACAUACGCCGGCCGCCCUACGUCGGCACGGCCGCCGUCCCGGAGGUGUGCCCCGACCGGCAGGUGCACGACGGCGAGAGCAUCAUGCGGAUGCUGGACGCCUGCGAGCUCGCCGCUCGGGUGCUGCACCAUGCCGGGGCGAUGGUCAAGCCCUCGGUGACGACGGACGAGAUCGACAGGGCUGUGCACCAGAUGAUCGUUGACGCCGGCGCCUACCCCUCCCCUCUCGGAUACGGCGGGUUCCCCAAGAGCGUGUGCACGUCGGUGAACGAGUGCACCUGCCACGGCAUCCCCGACUCACGCGAGCUACAGGAUGGCGACAUUAUCAACAUCGACGUUACUGUCUACUUAAACGGAUACCAUGGGGACACCUCGAGGACGUACCUGUGCGGAGAAGUCGACGACGCAACUAAGCAGCUCGUGAAGGUCACUGAAGAGUGCAUGAUGCGCGGCAUAUCAGCCUGCAGGCACGGCGCCAGUUUCAAGGAAAUCGGCCAGAGAAUAAGUGAGCACGCGGAGAAGUACGGAUACGGCAUCGACCCCUUCGUGGGGCACGGCGUUGGGAGGAUGUUCCACUGCGAGCCCAUCAUAUGGCAUACCUACGAUUACGAGCCCGGGUUCAUGGUCGCAGGCCAGACAUUCACCGUAGGGAAUGGUCACGUGCUGAGAACCCGUGCGAUGCAGAGCCGACGCUGUCGAUGGGGAGCACGCAGUGCGUGGUGUGGGACGACGGGUGGACGGCCGUGGCGGCGGACGGCAGCCUCAGCGCGCAGUUCGAGCACACCGUGCUGGUCACCGGCGACGGCGCGGAGGUCCUGACCGGGUUCCCGUAGCUGCCUGCACGCAUCACGUGAGCGGUGAGCCUGGGUGGGCCACUGCGUCGGCGAGGGACGGAACUGCAGGAGCAGGCAUGCAGCUAUGCGCACGCUGACAAUUUUAUUAAAAAUCUAUGUUGGACGGUUGCCGUA